ACAGCGACACUCCACAAGCAAGAAAGAGACGCUACAAGCACAGCGCAGGAAGAGGACAUGGCAUUCAGUGACAUUGACGAGGAUGCAGCCUUCUUCUCACACGCUCAGCCCAUCAUCCUCGGCAAGCGCAAACGAGCGACAAAACCAGGCGACGCGGCACCAACACCUGAGAUACUCGCGUUGAGCUCAGAGAGCAGUGAGAGCAGCGCAUCAGAGGCCGAGGAACAUCGUCCCCCAGUGCUGAAGAAGGGAGGUUUAACAAAUGGCAAAGAGAACGCGAUUGCGCGCGAGGCAGGGAGUCCAUCGGGGAGUAGUCCAAUCAAGCAGGACAACUACUUUGAAAUCAGCUCAGAUGAUGCUACCGAACAGCCAGGUGGUAGAGCGCGUGCAAACAACGGCAAGAAGAAGAAGGUUACCCAAGCUGAGCAGAAGCAUCGGCGGAUGAGUUUGACACCGCCGCCGGAGCCCUCGGGAACGGCAAAAUUGCGUGCGGCUGAGCGUGCUGCACAAGCUCGACGGGCACAGAGACAUCGCUCACCGGAUGUGAGUGUACAGACAAACUCGCCGCCUGAACUCAUGACCAAGAGUGCGGCAGAGUUGGCAUUUGAGAAGGAAGUUGCACAGCGUGUUCGGUCGCGGGAAGCAUUAACGCGUUCGGGCAUGGGUAGCUAUUCGCUGAGCAGGUUGCAAGAAGAUCAUGACGAUGAAGAAGCACCGAUCGAAGUGCUUGUACGUGGAGUCUACGUGCAACUGCCAGAGGAAGCAAAUCAAUCGCAUCGAGCAGGUUUCCAGCUUCCGGAUCCUAAGAAAUGGGAGCAGAUGCAGCGUUUCAAGCUCAAACGCUCGACACCGCUGCGUAUUGCCAAGGUGCAUUUUUGCGGGCAGUGCAACAUCACUGAUCAGCAGGCAGAGCAGCAUAUUGUCAUGGCCUAUGGCUCUGUACAGUUGUUCCGUUCCAUUAGCUGUGCAGCGCUGGGUUUUCAUGCAAACGAGAAGGCGAUGCCAUUGUUUGACUUGUACACGCGCCAGGGCUGGCAGUAUGUCUGUGACAAUCCAGAGGCUGCGAAAGCACUGCGUGAACAGAGUGCACGACUGCUCAAUCCAGAUGCGCACAAAGAGGAUGGUGAUUCUGCUCAGUCAGGAGAGAAUGGAGAGGCAGAAGAGGAAGAAGGAAGAGGACACAUUGUGCUGAUUCUGCGUGGCAAGGGCAAUGUGCAACUCAAGAUCAAGACGACCGCAUCGACACUGGUCAAGAAGUUGGUGGAGGCGUGGCGGCAGAAGGAGAAGCUGGCAGCUGAUGUGAAGAUUCGGCUGAUGGUGGAGGGAGAUGCGCUGAGUCCCAACACGAUGAUUGGGGAUGCGGAUGUGGAGACUGGCGACACUGUGGAUGUGCAGGUUGGGUGAGGCAUACAUCUUGCUAAAUAGACAGCAACAUACUGGUAUAGACAGCAGCACACUACUUGGCAUAGACAGCAGCUGG